UUACAUUUAUUUAGCAGGUGAUAUAACUUGAAUUUACAUGGGAAGAUUUAAUGCAAUUUUAAUUUAUUUUAACAAUAAAUCUGAAUAUUUUUGCAAUUCAAAAUCAAUUUCGCGCCAUGUAAAAAAAAGCGACAUCAGCGCUCAAUGUGCGGAGUGGGCGUUUGUUGAAUGAUUUUGUGGGUAAUCUUCGGUAUAUUCUCGCUGUGGUUUUAAUAUUGCUGCCAGUUUAUGAUUUGCAGUCUCCUUGCUUUGUUCAAUAUAAUUCUCGAUAGAAUGGCCGGCAAUAAGGAGCGCACCUUCAUUAUGGUGAAGCCCGAUGGGGUCCAGCGUGGGAUUGUGGGCAAGAUUAUCAAGCGCUUCGAGCAGAAGGGCUUCAAGCUUGUCGCCCUCAAGUUCCAAUGGGCCUCCAAGGAGCUGCUGGAGAAGCACUACGCUGACCUCAGUGCGCGUCCUUUCUUCCCAGGACUCGUGACCUACAUGAAUUCCGGACCUGUUGUCCCCAUGGUCUGGGAGGGUCUCAAUGUCGUCAAGACCGGCCGUACAAUGUUGGGUGCCACCAACCCUGCUGAUUCCGCUCCUGGCACCAUUCGCGGUGAUCUGUGCAUCCAGGUUGGACGCAACAUCCUUCACGGCUCGGAUUCCGUGGAAUCUGCCGAGAAGGAAAUUGCAUUGUGGUUCACGGACAAGGAGCUCGUGAGCUGGACCCCAGCAAAUGAGAAUUGGGUUUACGAAUAAAGCAAAUAGUGUGACUCAAAUAAAAGUAAAUUUACCCACAA